AUGCCUGGUCCGAGGAAGGAUAAUUCUGGUGGGAACGCGGGGAGGCCCGACGGUCGCGGCCAAAAUGGACAUCGAGGCAGCUUCCAGACCGACUCAUCCAUUUCAAACAGCCGGUUCGGACACGAGCGGACACUACAGCGAUGGGUGCCAGAUGCGAACGAUGCAGUUGAUGGGAGCUUGGAGAAAUCUUCCAACAGCAACACCGGAGGUUGGGACCAGUUUGCUGCAAACAAAAAGCUCUUCGGCCUUACGACUGAUUACGACGAAAACAUUUACACAACGGCGAUUAAUAGAAGUCACCCACAGUACCAGGAGCGAAUUGCUGCAGCUGAAAAGAAGGCUCGCGAGAUCGAGCGCAGUGUAGCAACCACAGCCCAUGUUGCUGAGGAGCGUGUUAUGGACUACGUCGCGGGCUCUGAACCCAACGAUGACAAUGAAGAAGACAAAUACAGUGGCGUUCGUCGCCAAGGGCAAGCACCCUUGGCAGGCCGUGAGAACAAGUAUACUCCUCCGGCCAAGAGGGCUCCCGCAGCUCACUCAACUGUGAAGGGAGCCCCUGUUGACCCUGCCAUUAUUUCAUCCCAGAUCAAGGUUUCUGGUAAGAAGACGGCGGUGCUUGGACCAAGUGGAGAUGCUAUCAAGAACGGUGCUGUUGCGAGCAAUGAAAAGACAAAGCCCGCUCAGGCAAAGAAUUCGGAAGAGAAGACCAGCGAUGCGACUGCUUCUGCACAAGAUGCGAAGGUUGCAGAAAAGGCGAGCCCAUCUGGCCGACCUUCCACAAACGGAAAAGCCGGAUCUCCCAAUCCCAAACCGAGCGCAACCUCAACCGUUGAGCGCGACGUGCUGAAGGAGUUUAAGACAUUUGCAAAUCAGCAACGCGAGAACGCGCAGAAAGUUCGCAGCAGCAAGGCCAAGGCUGAUAAGGAGGUCAAGUUGACCGAGCUCAAGAAAUUCGCCAACAGUUUCAAACUGUCUACUCCGGUUCCAACUGAUUUAGUCUCGAUUAUUGCAAAAGACCCAGCAAAGCAGAAGGAAAUUCAAGCUAAGGCGCUCAAGAACGCCGAGGAAGUUGCCAGAACAAAGGCAGAAACCACACCCAAAGAUACCAAACCCACACCAGCAGCAACAACGGGAGACACACAGACGAAGCCUGCUGAGCAGCCGCCAGCCAAGCAUAACUCCGAGCCUCGCGCGCCCCGAGCUCCCAAUGCUCCUCAAGGGAACGCUCAAGGUGGUCCACAAAACCGCCAUCCUGGGCACCGUCAGCAGUAUACUCAACAGCCUUACCAGUACAGGAACAAUCGUGGACCCCACCACAUUCCCCCACAGCAACAGACUGGUACCCUUGCCCAACGCAUCCGGAACGCAGAACAGCAUAAAUUCUCUCAGCCGUUGGGCCCUCAUCAACACAUUCCAGGCCAGGAAACACGACCUCCUCCAACUGGUCCCGCUAACAACGUUGACCAAAGCUUUAACCGCCGCCUGUCUGGAGUGCCUUCUCACAUGGGAGCCAAGCUUAACCCAAAUAGCCAUGAAUUCAGGCCCGGUUCCUUCAUUCCCACUCUGAAUCAGAACGGACACCCAAGUGCAUCAUCCAGCCCAAGGUCUGUGGUGAACAACCCUCCCGAGCAUCCUGCUGCUCCACCGACCGCACCAGCACCAGCUGUUGCUGGGGGCCAGCUCAUUCGUCGCAAGACCAAAGCUGUUGAUGUCGGCAAGUGCCUCAUCUUGGCACAUAUGAAGACCCUCACCCCGCCACAAGGAAAGAAUUGGGAUGAGAACGGAGGGCUUCGCCCCGCUUAUGAUACUUUGCCAACAUGGCGACAGCUCCAGGUUGAAGAAAAUAAAGAAUCAACCAUGCACUUGACAUAUGCCCAACACUUUGAACGCCAGCCAUUCGGAGGUUCAACCAUGGCAACGCCCAACCCGCCUCACGUUGUUCCCCAUAUCGCUCACCAACACCAGCUGCCAUUCCACCUCCAGCAGGGCGGCCACAACAUGGGGCCGCGACAGUCACCUCACUUGGCUCAAAUGCAGAUGCAUACUCCGCAGCAUGGACCAGGCCCCCACCAAUCGUAUGGUCACGAUGACCACCGUAUGGUUCACUCAAAUUCGGCGCAGUCGUUUGCCUCACCUCGCCUCGGCCAAGUUGCCAUGGCAUAUCCCGGAAUGAACUCGCCUGGUCAGGUUCCGUACCACCAGCCGGUCUUCAUGAGCCCCGGGACACCACAGAUGAACUACAGAAGUUUCUCCAACAAUCCUCAGUAUAUGCCGCAAGGACAGCCGCAACUAGGAGGACACAUGAUGAUGCAGCCGCACUUUCCUCCCCAAGGAAUGGUCGGUGGUCCACAAAUGAUGUAUCCCGGAGCCCCUCCACACUUCAUGACUCCUGGUGGGCCCCCCCAACCCGCCCCUGGUGCAAAUGGGUAUCCAAGCCCUGGACGCCCAGCUGCCACUAUGAUGUCCCACCAAGGUUCUCAGCAAGGCCAACCUAUGUAUGGAAUGAGUCCAAAUGUCGGGUAUAGCCAGCCGGCCUUUGCACAUGGCCAACCUGGUGGCCCUAUUUCCAACCCGCGGGGUUAUAACAAUGCAGGCCCACAGCAUUUUGGUACUAGCCCUCAACAGCCACAUCAAUUUGGGCACCAUCAACAAAGGAGGGGCAGCAGUAGCUACAAUAAGAACUAUGGUGAUCAAACUCAGAAAGGCCAUCCAGCUAGUCAAGCAACGAGCCAGCCAGUGUCAAAUCGAGUGACGAAUGGUAGUGACGAAGCCAAAUGA